GGUUGGCCUCCGUCCUCGAGAACAACAACCUUUCGCAGCUGGCAUACGACGCCUACCACCUAACAAAAUGAAGCCUCUGGCCUUCCUUGCUGCCCUGUGCCUCAGCAUUGCCGUCGCCUCGGCCGGUUACCUAGGUCUGGGAUACGGCGGUCUCGGCUACGGUGGCCUCGGCUAUGGCUAUGGUCUCGGAUAUGGAGGCUACGGUAUCGGAUAUGGUGGCUAUGGAUUGGGCUACGGCGGGCUUGGCUACGGCGGCCUUGGCUACGGUGGGCUUGGCUACGGCGGACUCGGAUACGGUGGCGGCGGAUUCAAGAAACUGAUUGGAUUUGGCUAUGGAGGAUACUAUGGAUAAAACUGACCUGCGCGCAUCUAUUAGCCCGCGAAUGUUCACAAUAAAUUCAAUUUUACCGAAACAUUUCCACUUUGCGAU